UCAAAUAGUUUGCUCGUCCUCGCCGAGAACCUCCGCUGGAGACGCCGGUGCUACGGGCUGAACGUCGCUUUGUGUCGGUGAACGGAGUUUCGGGAUGCUAACAGAACCGUUAGCGUAAUUUUCUCCUACACGUCUUCGCUCCGUGAGCUCAACGUUCCCUUCUUUUAAAUCGGCCUCGGAAAUGUUGAGCGGAUCCAAAAACACGUUCAAAGUGCGGCAGAUGCUCCCGGACGUGAAGGAGAGGAUGCUGAGCCAGAGAAGCACCAACGCACGGAGUCGAGAUGAGUUUGGGCUUCACUGUCUCCCAGGUGAGUGCGUACUUCAGAGGACGGUCAUGGUGAGGAAGAAGCUGACGGCUAGAGAAGGCCGAGGCUGGCUCUCUGGUACCCUCUUCUGUACCCACUUUAGAGUCGCGUUCGUACCACAGGACGGUCCAAAACCUGAUGACGAUGCAGAUCCAGUUCUUCUUGGAGAACAUGAUGUCGCGUUGGCGUCGAUAGAGAAGGUUGUCGCUGUUGGUCCCAACAGGACCAAGCUGGUGACCCCAAACUCCUCCCUGAAGUUCACGCCGGAGGAGCUGGUGCUUUACUGUCGGGACAUGCGAGUCAUGUGCUUCCUGUUUGACCGCCUGACCCCCGACGCUCAGGUCAUCGAGAUAACCUACACCAUCGCCAAGACCUACCAGCCUCUCAAACUGGGAUCCGUUUUAUCUUUCCAGAACGCUGCCCUUGGGAGUGUAGAAAUGAAGCAGUUUCUAAGCAACCGCCGCCGAGACGCCCACAUGAACUGGUUUGAGUCGGCCUCAGACUGGGAGCGGGAGCUGGAGCGGUGCGGAGCCACGGGCUGGAGGGUCAGCUCCGUCAACGACCGCUUCGAAAUGUCGACCAGUCUGUCAAGAUUCAUGUUGGUUCCACAGAAGGUUCUGGACACAGAACUGAAGAAGAGCUUUGCCCACUUCAAUGAAGGCCGGAUUCCUCGCUGGUGCUGGAGGCAUCCCAGAGGCAGUGAUUUACUGCGAAUGGCCAGUUUCCAGAACAACAUCUACCACGAGAAAGACGACGUCAGGAACCUGGAGACGGUUCUGUUUGGGUGUCAGUCGUCCCUGUGCGUGGUGGUGGAGCUGGGCGAAGAGCUGCCGUCGCCGGCAGACGUCCAGCUGGCUCACAGCCGCCUGCGGGCCCUUUGUCUCGGAGAUAUCUCCACUUCUGUGUCCAUGCCUGAUGACAAAUGGUUAUCUACUCUGGAAAGCACCCACUGGCUCGACUACGUCAGGUCCUGUCUGAGGAAAGCUUCGGAGGUGGCCUGUUUGCUCCGCAGCGGUCACCUGACCGUGGCUCUGCAAGAGGUGGAGGACCGGGACCUGAGCUGCGUGGUGUCCAGCCUGGUGCAGGUGAUGUGUGACCCGCACUGUCGGACCCAGCAGGGCUUCCAGGGCCUGGUGCAGAAGGAGUGGGUGAUGUCGGGCCACCGCUUCUACAGCCGGAUCAACUACCACCGCGACAGUGACAAGGAGGAGUCUCCAGUCUUCCUGCUCUUCCUGGAUUGUGUUUGGCAGCUGUGGUUCCAGUUUCCCUCUCGCUUCCAGCUGACGGAUGACUUCCUGUUGGCCGUGCACGACAGCGUUCACCUGCCGCUCUUCUGCACCUUCCUGGCAAACUGCCAGCGGGAGCGGUGCAAACGUUUACGGAACCUGGGCCAGUCCUACACCCCCGUCAACGGCUGGAGAGACGUUCCAAACCCGGACUCGUCCUCAGACCCGUCUGAUCCUCCUCUGCCCCCGGUGUGGGACUGGGCCCUGCAGUACAGCCAGGAGAGACGAGAUCGUUUCACUCAACCCGUCCCACCUUCUCCUCCGCUCCAACCUCUGCUCAACGGCAACCUCAACACCAACCCAGAUGCUCACAAGCUGACCGACACCGUCCCCGGCUCAGUGUUCCUGCUCUCUCGAGGCACCUUCACCUGCCCCCCCAACCUGCCGCCCUGGCGCAGCGGUACCUCAGGCGUUUACAAAAAGAGCCAUCGCAGGGCGCCGUCCACUGAGGGCGUUCCCGGCCUGGAGAAGCUGCUGAAGGCCCUCACAGAGUUUCCUCAGAGCAUCCCCUCCAGCUUUGGUCCGCAGGGGCCUCUCGACCCCUACGAGCCCUUACUGCCCCUCCUCAUGGGGCCCUGCGUGGGCCUGUGGAGGGGGUGCUACCUGCGGGGGGCGCUCCAUGCUCAGGCCUUUUCUCAUCCCGUCUCCACCAACAGCCUCCAUCCUGUGGAGCGUCUGGCUCAGGAGGUCCAGCAGCUCAAAGACAAGCUCGCACAAAUAUCCUCCGGUGCGAGUUCCGACUCGCCCGCCGUGACGCCCGAGCCCCAACGAACAGACACCAACCUGAACCGAAGCACUAACAGCACUUUCCUCCACCCGACGUCCAGGACUCAGGUCUCGGGGGCACCCAGAGUGACGCCCCCACCUACCUCCACCAACCACCAAACCUCCACCGUAACGCCGCUGUCCAGACCUGGCAACGCAGGCGCUGGAGGCAGCAACAAGCACUCCUUCCUUUUCAGACACUCUUCAGUGACAGACGCUCGCCACCACCCCCGAUACUUCCCCCCACCCACUAAUGCCAAGCUGCCCAAGAGCAACGGAGCGUCUGUGGGUUUCUGAGGUCUUACUGGUUUCUGCUGCACCCCAGGACUGGAACCAGUGUUUUUUCUCAUUAAGUGUAGAGCGCAGUGAGACUGACGUGCACGUGCAUUUUACUCUGAGCAAACAAAAACAUUUAAUUUGAACGUGUGAUCUUGGAGCUGCUUCCUACAAACUGGGCUCGUAAUAUUAACAGAACGAUCUGGCAACAACAAGUUUGUGUCUAAAAUCAAACAAGGAUUUAAAUAAUUUGUAAAAUGCGAGUUUGUCCUCGUAAGAAAUCUGUUUCAUUUUGACUAGAAGGAAUCUACAGCACAUCUCCACUCUGACCAGUAAAUGUUAAAUCACUCAAACUUUUACAGAUCCAUUAAACUUUUUUUAUAUCUGUACGAUUGGAAUUAUAUAAAACUUUAUAUUCAGAUUAAUACAAGUAGCAUAAAUCAUUUUUUUAUUUUAAUACUGACGAGUAAGGAUGUUGCUGUGACCGGGAAAAUGCUUUUAUUGAAAUCUAAAAAUAGUACCGUAUUUUCUGGCGUAUAAAUCGCAUCAGUCAAAAAAAAAAAAAAAAGCG